AUGGGGUGUGGCCAGAGCAAAAUAAAUCUUUACCCGAGGAGAAAUAAAAAUGGUGGAAAAGGAAAUAGUGCCAAGAAAUCAGGCGCAGCAGAUAAAGAAGCUGAUGAAGAAGAAGGCAGUGCUGGAGCCGGUCAAACUGACGAAACGGAAGAAGACACUGAACAUGGAAAGCAUAUCCUGCCACUCACCGCGCAUCAACCCACUGUUGAGGUGUCGGCUAGUAUGCAAGACUUCUUCAAAAUGCUGGACGAGAAAAUUGAAAAGGGUAAAGACUAUGAUUCAUCAAGCGAAACGGAAGUACGGUUAGAAAAAGAACGACGAAAGAAAUUAAUUGAACAAUGGCGCUCUGCGUCACAAUCCACACAGUCCUUUCAAUCACAGCCCAGUCCGCCCACGCCAGCGAGAAGACGCUUGGGAAGGCCUAUUCCUCAACCACCAGAACGUCAAAAUAGUCCCGGAACUGUUAGGAGGUGUUAUAGACAACAGCACGUCCCAGAAGGGAUGUCUCCACCUCCUAGAAGAUCACAUAGUGCCCAAUCUCACCACCCCCCAGAAUCCAGGCAAAUUAACGGUGACAACUGGCACGAUCCUACGAAAUCACCUGUCAAAAGACCACAGAGUGCAGGUGCUAACUGGAAAAGUAAUCCAAAAGUUGCGCCUUAUCAAAAACCUAAAAAGAAUGAAGUUAACGAAAACCAAAGAUCAAGCCAAAAAGAAUCAGAUACAACUUGUCAAUCAGUCCACACUGGUCAAGACGUAUCUCAAAUAACAUAUAACCCAACAUUCCAAACGCACAGUCCUGCCCAUUCAGCUAAAGCUCAGCCAUAUAUAGCGCAAAUUAUAAGUUAUCCAAUGUCUCAACAAGUAACACCUCCUUCGCCUCCUAAAUUCAUAGCUCCCCCUGAAGAAUAUCAAGAUCCUCAAAAUAAUGUAGAUAAUAAGUACGUCACAUCACAGAGACAGACACAGGGUCCAGCCCCAAGUCCGAUGAACACUCAAUCUAACAUUUACUAUAUUCACGGUAACGCAGCCAAUACUAACCCAGACUUGGCUCAACAAAGACAACAAACUGCUAUAAACUUACAGCAAUAUGUGGCUAUGAAACAAGCUCAGCAACAAAUGUUCACAUACCUUCAACGAGGACCGCAUACAGUAUUUCCAAACGUGGACUACUCUCAAAUCCCAACUCCUAGAAUGUAUGAAGAAAAUCCUCAAUUUGGCAUAAGGCCACCGACUCCUGUAGGAGUAGUGAGACCAAUGUCGAUGCCUCCCUUCAAUCCACUAGAUGGAUCACACAUGGUCCAAAUGCCAAUGUGGCCCAUGCCUCCAGUUGUUUCCACGAUGGGUCCAUGGCUUAGUCAAGGACAUGAGAUGCAAUACUAUCCCCAAUCACAAUUUAUGCCUAUGUAUAGAAAUUCAGCUGGUUCCGCUGGAACUUUAACAAGGUAUCACAAAAAAGAAAGUAACGAAGAAGUAAAGAACGUGUGCCAAAGUAUAAAUUUAGUGAGGCAGAAGCAGAUUGGACAAAUAGUUACUGUAGGACAAGAGCUUACUGUGUGCAAUAAUACAAGUGAUAGUCCAAGUCCGGCAUCCGUAAGCACAGACAGUGGGGUAUCGCCAGGAAAUAGUGCGCAUUCAAAAGCGUCUGUUUUCAGCCAAUCAGGGAUUCCUGACACUUUACCUGACAACAAAACCAAGAAAAUCAAACCCACACCAACCGCUCGAUCUCUGAAAAACUCUAAAAGCUUAGACUCU